UAGAACCUGACUCAGUUUCGGGUUCAAGCGAAAACGCCAUUAAUUUGUCUCUUGAAAGCUGAAAGGUGUCCGCUUCAGAUUAUUAUACUUAUAUUGUUUUUGUUUUGCUACAUAACAACAAUGGAGAAUAUUGCAGAUAUCGGGACCAAAACGCUUUCCGACUUGGAGGACGAAUCAUUCCGAAGUGUAUCCGAUCUCCAGAUGUCCACAUGGGACGCGGUUUCCGGUGGAGACUCCAUGAUGGUUGCCAUGUUUCAAAACAGCGCUGUCAGUGCUGAAAUCGAUGCCUAUCUAGAGUUUCUACAGAGCAAGGGUUCACAAAUGAAUGGUUCAGAUUUCACCGAAGUCCAUAGCUCAGCGGAGCAACUAAUAGACCAAGAGCUUCUGCAGGAAGAACAACAUCUCAAGGAUGCUUGCAAUGCGUUUCAGGAAUUUAUUAAUGGAUCGUUAUCAUGUGGCUGGAGUGACAUAAAUAGGGUAAGAAAUCUAUGUGGCGAAAUGAAGCAACGAAACAAUGAAACUUCCAUUGAGAAACAAGAAAUCUUAACCACGAUUAAACAAGAAAGUGACGAGGUCAAAGUUCUAAAAAAAAAUAUUAAAAUAAUCUAUGAAGGGUUGAACAAACAGUUGACGGAGAAGAAAGCUACUCACGCAAAAUUGAAAGCGGAUGCGGAUCUAUUAAUUCGUGAGAUGGACUCGUUAAACGCAUCCUUAGCUAAGAAAAAGGUCGCUUGCAGACCAAAGAACAUGGAGUUGUUGUAUUCAACACCGAACAAUCAGUCAAAAUGAAUUAUACGAUAUUACUUGACUAUUAUAAAAAAGCCGUUGACUUUGUCGCUGUAUUUAUGAA